CCCUCUUCAGAGUAUCCCGCCAUCUGCUUUUUCCUCUUUUCAGCCAAAAGAAUACAGUACGUAUGCAAUAAACAUCGCGUGAUGCACAGCAGCUGAGCACUCCUUGCCUCCCAAAGACCCAAAAUCUAAUCUAAAGUAUCCCCAGAGCAGAGUCCCAGAGUCGGGAAUUUCAUCUUGGUGUUGACUCUUUGAUUUUGGUUUUGGCUCUGGCUCUGGCUCUGGCUCGUCUCUCUGGUUUGACUGACUGAUGGGGUGUUGGUGGGAAGGCGUUGACGAAUCCCGUCUUCUAAUUGCUCCGGACCCUGGCUCUAACGGGGACGGUUCCGCUCGUUUAAUAUCUCUUCGUCACCCCAAAUCAGGAGUUACGACAUCCUAUCUUUUAAGUAAUAGGUUGCUUCAAGAACUUCACUGGUUCAAGCAAUCUUAUGGCUCCUGGUUUUUGGGAGAUUACGUUUCUGAAGAUGGGAGCCUAUAUACUGCUACUCCUAUUGAUCCUGUUUUCAUCAUGUUGCCUAUCUUUGAAGAAGCAAGAAUGAAGAAAGUGGAUGACCCUGGAAAGUUUAGGCAAUUAGAUGAGAUACUCUUCAUUAAUGACUAUCCUGGAUAUCGACAUUUAUUCUCCAUUGCAGAGAACUGUAUGCAAGUUGUUUGUGAAAUUAAAGAAAUUGGAUCAUCAAAAUUUUUUAGGCUUGAUGACACGAAGGUUUUAGCUUGGUUAAAUUACAAGGUAUGCCAGUUAAAACAGACUCUACCAGCAUUGGACCAAAACUAUGCCGCACGUGAUGAGAAGGAUACAUUGGCUGAUGCAAUAUCAAUAAUAGGGGAGUACUUGAAACAUGAGCCUUGGUUGAAGCUUUUGUCUAAUCAUUUUAAAUUGAAUUUACUGGAGGCAACGAGAAUAGCAUCGGAUUUUGAAGCUUGCUCAAAUGCCAUAGAAAGUCCUAUGGGUGCUUCUAAUCCCUCACAGGGUAAGACAAGGGGUGAGAAAAAGACUGCAAGAAAUCAGAAGCAAGCUAAAAAGGCUAAAAUAGAGACAGAAUCAAGAAACAUCAAAGAAAUGUUUUCAAGGGCUUCCCGAAGGAGGAACUGAAGCUUUCUUUUAUGCCAACAAUUUCCAAAUGUGAGAGAAAUAGGAUCCAGGAACAUCCAUUAAUCUUGUUAAUUAAUUGAUGUACUCGUGUCUGUUCUUCUGUCAUCUCUUCCAGGACUUAAAAUAUAUUUUGGCUUUUAACAGGUACUUUGCAUGUGUAAUUUUGCAUGUUUAAUAAAUUAUUAUCAGAUAUAUAUUAA